AUGAGUUUGUUGAAGCUAACCAUUGUUUUUUUUGGCCAAUAUUUUGUUUUGGAGUUGAUCGCUGAUCUCCCAUCAUCGUCACCUCCCAUUGAGCAACUUUUAAACUUUUCGAACGUCACUGCUUGUUACCAGAAGCUGCGAAUUGAUGCUGACGAUGCUUGCUCUAUUGAAAGUACCACGGAAAAAAUAAAUCUGAAAGAUGUCAUCCAGUUUGAUGAUUUGAUUCUACAUGGUCAAGUUGAAGAUAGCAUGACAACUCAACUGAUCACUUGCACAUAUUUCUGUCGCUACAGGCAAGCUGAUCAGCCGAUCUGCCUAGGAUUUAAUUUGAGAUUCCAUUCAGGGACAUGCGAGUUUUUUCGCUACAGACCGAUUUACUAUACUAAACAGUCGGAUUGUGGAUAUUAUGCACUGAAACCUGUCAGCUCAGCUGGUCUGGUGCUCGUUCCAAAGUACCCACACCAGCACUUGUUCAUUAGGCCGAGUGUGUAUAACAACGAAUAA